ACAAAUAUUUUGAACUUUAAAAAGUUUCAACUAUUUCUGUUCUGCCGUACCCUAAUGCCUUCUUUUGUUUCUUCCUUGGGUUUACUUGUUGAAUUUUAUUGCUUUUUCAGUCUCCUGUUGCUCCUAUUAUCUAUAUCAGCCUACGGUACUGUCCUAGUAGGAUCAUACUGCUUGCAAGAUUUCGUUAUUGUAAACUGUGGGUCAGUUAUUAAGAGCAUUUAUUGGGCGUGAGGCAUGAGCAAGUGCUUUUCUCUAGUUUUUUCUUACUUGCUAUUUUCUUUAUCAGUCAUUUUGUAAUGCUGAUUUUUACAUAUUCUUCUGUGAGGCUUUGUUAAGCAACCAAAAGAGACCUCCAAUUCGUAAGAGCUGACUAAGUGGGUUAUGUGUCAUCUCAUAGCGUGUUUUCUAUUGUUUCUGGUGGUUGAAGCUAAUGGAAAGAAGGUCGAAAUUCGAAAUAGUUUCUUCUAUGAAUAGACACUGCAAAAGUCCUGGAUGUUUUUAAUCACUCUGUGGCUCCAUAUACAUCAAUUUAUAGCAUUCAUUUUCUCGUUUAAUGAGUGAAGAACUUAAGAUAGGAUCUUGCCUCAUUUCUUUACUCAAUUUUAGACAUGUCGUUGUAUAUUCUGAAUUGGAUAGGGCCAUAUGCACUUCUCUGGGCUGCAUUCCUGGUUGUGCAAGUCAAGUUAUUAGCACGAGCAGCCCAUUUAGGGACCUCUUCAUAACUAACUGUCUGAUUAAAUGGACUGGGAUUCUCAAUAUAAUUUAUAUGAAAACUAGACACUCGCUUUCUGGAAUUACUGGCUGACUUGGUUGCAGUGAGUUGGUCAAUUCUAUACCAACUAUGUUUUACUGGCAUCGUUCCUGAGGCAUAUGUGCGAAAGAACUUCCCAAUGUUGUGGGACUCAUCUCUAUUCAAUAUUUGGUCAACAGUAUGGUGACCAUGCUGCACCAUUGCAUUUUUUCAGGCAGGCCUAGUGUUCAUUCAUUCAUUCAGUUCUGAACAGGCCUAUGACAAAUGGAGAUGUAGUACUUCCUUAGAUAUAGGACAAAUCACUCUAGUGAACUUAUGGAGGAUUUUGUAGCAAUUAUUUAAUGCUUGCAAAGUAGGACGAGCAAUUGGUGUGCUUCAGGUUCCUUGGAGAAGAAAUACCACUACCAAUAUUACGACGCAAGCAACCAUCGAGCUUGUGGACUCCUUUUUUGUUUUUGUGUAGAUUGAUCAAGUUAAAUUAUGGGAGUUUAUAUUGCUCGUACAAUGGUCUCAUGCUGGAAUGUGAAUGCAGGAAAGUUAAAAGAGACUUUAAGAGGAUGAAAAGGCAUCUGGAGUGAUAGAGGAGGAGAAUUAGUAUUGAAUAAUGAUGGUAUAGAUUGAUACGAGCUGUACCUGUCUAUAAGAUUUUCUUUGUAUAAUACAUGGACUAAAUCGCAAGAUCAGGCCACGUCCAUUUGUGGUUGACACUUAAUAUUAGUUGUUUGUUUUUUGUUUGUUGUAUUUUUGUUUCUCUUGGCUUGGUCUUGCCUAAUCCUAUCCUCAAUAUGAUUUCUCCCAUAGUAGGCCCUUAUCUGUGCUACCAUCAAGACUACUUAUUACUUUAAAAAGAUAGCUCAACUCCGGAAACAAAUCAGUCUCUGACUGGAAAGAUUGAAACAAUCUAGACUGAAUAUGUCCUGUUUUCUCUUCAAUAGAUAGUAGAUACCUCCUUUUCUACAUAUGGCUAUUUCAUAGCUAUUAUGUGUUUCCUGCCUAUAUGCUAAAAGAUAAAGCCUGUGCAGUUGCAUGUCCCACUCGGCUUGAGAAAAUCUGCCCUUGUGAUGGGUGCAUGGAUGACAUAUAUGAUGCUUUGGCUGAACACCUUGUUCCAACUGCAGCAGCAGCAUCAAGCCCUAAUUUCAAGCAUAUUGUUGGUCUUGCUGGCCCUCCCGGUGCUGGAAAGAGCACUGUUGCAUCUGAAGUAGUUAAGAGAGUCAAUAAGUUAUGGCCCCAAAAGUCUUGUUCCUUUGAUUCUCAAGUUGAGCCUCCAGAAGUUGCUAUUGUUCUUCCAAUGGAUGGAUUCCACCUUUAUCGUCAUCAGCUUGAUGCAAUGGAGGAUCCAAAGGAAGCACACGCAAGAAGGGGCGCUCCCUGGACGUUUGACCCCAAUUUACUGCUAGAAUGCCUUAAGACUCUUAAAGAUCAGGGAUCAGUGUACUGUCCGUCUUUUGACCAUGGUGUAGGAGAUCCUGUAGAAGAUGAUAUCUUUGUGAACCUUCAACACAAAAUAGUGAUAGUUGAAGGUAAUUAUCUGCUUCUUAGAGAUGGUGCUUGGAAGGAGGUAUCCUCCAUGUUUGAUGAGAAGUGGUUCGUCGAUGUUGAUCUUGAGAAAGCAAUGCAACGUGUCCUGAAGAGACAUAUAUCUACAGGAAAGUCCCCUGAUGUUGCUAAAUGGAGGAUAGAUUACAAUGACAGGCCCAAUGCUGAGCUAAUUAUGAAAUCCAAGAACAAUGCAGAUUUGGUGAUCAAGUCGAUUGACGAAUUGAGGUGAGCCCCCGACUCGUCACUUGUAGUAAGAGUGAUGAGGGAAAAUUUGAAUGGUGGCAUCAAAAGUUAGCCAAAUAGAAUUUUAUCCAUUGGCUUGAACCUGAUGAGAAUGCAGGACUUUUCGUUGCGUUUACGCUUAGAGGUGAUGAAUAAGUUCAAGGGACUGAAAAUAAUCAUGCUUACAAUACACUUUUUUUCCUUGCAAAUAAGAUGUUAUCUUUUUAUGUAAUGCUUAAGGUCGAAUACUUUACUUUCUAUGAGUUCUUUUUCUAUAUUUUGUGAAAGAGUUCAUCUUUUUAGCUCU